CACUUCACUUCUCCCCCUUUCCUUUCCUUUGCUAAUUUGUAUCCAAAUAGGCUAAAUAGAGGCAGAGUGGUUAUUUCCUUUGACAGAGAAAGAGGGUAAGAGAAAAAAGAUGGAUGUCAUGCGGAAGCAGCUCGAUGUGCUGAUGGGCGCGAACCGCAAUGGCAACGUAAGGGAGGUGAAUCGGAAGUACUACGACUGCGAUGUCUGCCGCCUCUACUUGUCCGGCCUUUGCCCUCACGAGCUCUUCCAAUUAACGAAAAUGGAUAUGGGUCCAUGUCCAAAGGUCCACUUGUUGCAGCUGAGGAGAGAAUAUGAAGAGGCUAAGGCAAAAGGCAACGGUAACUAUGACAGAGAAUUGGAAGAUGCUAUUGACAGGCACAUUGUUGACUGUGAUAGGAAAAUUGGUAGAGCUCUCAAGCGCCUUGAGGAUGAGGAUGCAAGGCUGCUAUUGCUAUAACUGUCACUGAAGUUACUCAGACACCAGAAAUACUAGAGCUUUCAGGGCAGAUUAAGGGGAAAUUGAAGGAAGCCGACCAAUAUGGUAUCUCUUAUUUGCACUAGAUUGUGUCUUAAUUGGACUCUGUUUCUCAAUUAUAGCUGAAAACUUUUUCUUUUGAGAAAUUAUUUAUUUAUUUAUUUAUUUGUGCAAAGUCAUAUUAACAUAGUAAGCAUGUAGCUUCAUUUUUUUUUAAUCGUAUUUGCUUGUAUGAUUUUCUUUUUGUUGAAAUCAAUCAACUUUUGAUGU